CGGGGGCUCCCCACACCCUGGGGCUGGGCUUUCAGGGCUUCGUUCCCAGGCCACAGACGCUCUCUGGACUGAUUUCUCGUUUGGAUCCAGCCCAAGCGAAGAUUUCGGCAGCCAGAGGUUGAUGCUGUAGAGGCGACUAUGGGGUGGAUUUGAGGAAGAGACACCUCCCUGGGGCCGCUCGGUGAAUGGCAGCCAUCAAAGGGGCCGUGGGCUGAGGAUUUCCUCACCAGCCCGCCCAGCCCCCAUGUGGGCCAGGUGGUCCCAGCGGGAAGGGCUGGGGCUUGUGUGUUAGAGCCCGGAAGCCCCCGGGCUGCUCCAACCAUCCCCAUGUCUCUCGCCAUGAAAGCCCGGCAGAAGGUGAAACGGAAAGGAGCAGCCAAGGACCGGGUCUUUGGGUGUGACCUGCUGGAGCACCUCCAACACUCUGGCCAGGAAGUUCCCCAGGUGCUGAGGAGCUGCACGGAAUUCGUCGAGCAGCAUGGCAUCGUGGACGGGAUCUACAGGCUCUCCGGGGUCUCCUCAAACAUCCAGAAGCUGAGGCAGGAGUUUGACAGCGACCGCUGCCCCGAUCUCAACAAAGAUGUGUACCUGCAGGACAUCCACUGCGUCAGCUCCCUCUGCAAAGCCUACUUCCGGGAGCUCCCCAACCCCCUGCUCACCUACCAGCUCUACGACAAGUUUGCUGAUGCCGUGGCCAUCCAGAUGGAGGAGGGACGGCUGGUGAAAAUCAAAGAGGUGCUGAAGGAGCUUCCAUCCCCACACUACAGGACCCUGGAGUUUCUGAUGAGACAUCUGGUUCACAUGGCUUCCUACAGCUCCCAGACCAACAUGCACGCCAGGAACCUGGCCAUCGUCUGGGCGCCCAACCUGCUCAGAUCUAAGGACAUCGAGGCCUCUGGGUUCAACGGCACGGCUGCCUUCAUGGAGGUGCGGGUGCAGUCCAUCGUCGUGGAGUUCAUCCUCACCCACGUGGAGCAGCUCUUCAGAGACGCCCCUCUCUGCGGAAGUGACCGCGAGAACUUCCGGAAAUCUCUCCUCCUGUCCGGCUUGGGGUUGCCAGGAGUCCACCCCGACAGCCAGACCAUGUCCUACAACUUGCCUGCCAUGCUGAACCAGGGAGACGGCCCGCCGCAGAUCCGCCCCUACCACACCAUCAUCGAGCUCAACGACCACAAAAGAAAAGGCUCCUUGAAGGUAAAGAAAUGGAGGUCGAUCUUCAACCUGGGCAGAUCCAGCAAUGACUCCAAACGCAAGCUGGCCAAGGCAGAGGAGAAAGACGACAAAUCCAUUAAAAUGAGCUUGCGGCCGGCUAAAAGCAUGGACUCCCUCAGCUCUGUGCCGGACGCUAACGAUGACAAUGCCAGGCUGGGCAGGAAGAGAUCACAGAAACAGGCCCCCCAGCGCCGCGAGAGUUUCGACAGCCCCUCCUCCCGGGAGGAGAGCUUUCUGGAGUCGGACGAGUACCCCGACGGGAAAUUCCAGGGCGAGGAGGGGCAGCAAACGCUGGAGUCCGAGAGCGAAGCCAGCGCCAAAUCAGAGCCCACGACCCCCAAGGCCGGUCGGGCCUCGCUGGUGGGGGGUGCCCCGCAGGGCCGCUCGCCCAUGACUGCACGGAACCGGGCAGAGAAGUGCGCUGGGGUCCAUAUCUCCGUCCCCUUCUCAGUUACCGUCCCCUUCCACAUCACCUCCAACAUCUCCCUGUCCCGCCUGACCCGGGGGCUGGAGUGCCCGGCCCUGAGCUAUAGCCCCUUAGACAAGGAGGCUCUGGAGAGGUCGUCCAAGGAGCUAGAAGCAGAGGAGGGGCUGGGGGCUAAGACCCCCCUCCCCGAGGAAGAUCACGUGGCAGAUACAAAGCCGGCGAGUACUCUGGACUCAGAGGAGAACAGGCUGUCCAUGGAGGUGCAGGACUCCUUCUCAUUUCUCGACAACCAGGACACCUGGCAGGACUGUGGCACGGAAGGCGACCAGCCAGAGAAGAGCUUGCUGGAAGAGACCACCUCCGAUUUUGCUGGGGACAUGCUGGAGGGCUUCCAAGGAAUGGAUGACGACAUGGAGAGCAGGUUCAUGAAUCAGGAGUUCUCGGUGGAGCCGCCCCCGGAGUACCUCUCCAUCGAGGAGUGCAUGAACGAGGAGCAGUACUACCUGGCCGCCAGCUGCUCCGACACCGAGGAGCUCUCCAAGGAGACGGACUCCGAGGAGGUGUUCCUGAGCGCCUACGAUGACCUGAGCCCCUUAGCUCCCGACCUAGAGAAGCUGCGACAGCUCGGUGCGGAGCACGGGUGGGAUGUGCCUCUCCCAGAGGGGGCGCUGGGUGGCGAAAUGGCUCAAGAGGUGCUGAGCAACCAGCCCCCAGGACCUGCUGAGGAAGGGCCAUUAGCUAGCGACACCAACGGCUCCUCUUUGACCAAAGAAGGCAGCAGCACCAAGGUGCCUCUGCCAGACGGCCCUCAUGCUCCAGAACUAGCCACGCCCUGUCGGAGCAAGGAAGCCGCCGAAGAGCCCCAUAGCGCCCUUCGCCAGCCAGAGGGGCUCAAAGGGAACGGGGCUGAGGGAGAGGCUGUGGAGCCCAGCCCAGCCGUCCAGCGAGAAGAAGACAUAAAAGUAACAGGGGGCGAUGGUCUGGAAGCAGGCCCUGGCCCACCCAGAACUCAGCCCACCACUGAUGUAGCACCAGUGCGGGAGCACCGGGGCACAUGGGCUCCGGAGAGCGAAGGCCACGGAGCCCAAGCUAGCCAUGCCAGAGAUGAGCAAGCGCAGGCCCCGAGGUUAAGGGAGGCAGAGCUGACUCUGUGUGCUCAGAGCCAGGAGGCCGACAGACGUGCCCCAGAGGAAGUGAGAGCGCAGGAGGGCCAAGGGAGCUCGGCUCCUCCCAUGCCAGAGACCAAACAGCCAGAGAGUGGAAAGGACCCACCUCAGCCUCUUGCAAUGAAGACCGCACCUACCCUCUCACCGGGAUCGGGGCCCGAGCCCCCCGCUGUCCCCAUAUGUGAGAGUGGCCCCAUGUCCACUGCCCCCUUUCUAGAGACAGGCCUCGAGACCACCGCUGUCCCCCUGGAUCAGAGUGGUCCCCAGGCCUCCAUCUCCUUGCUAGGGACAGACCAUGAAGCCCCCACCGCCCCUGGGUAUGAGAGCGGCCCUGAGGCUGCUCCCUUGCUUGAGACUAGCUCGGAUCUUGUGUCCUGGUCUGAUGCUUCCCCGUCGCUGGGGAGUGGCCCCACAAGCCUUCCCCUGGAAUCUGGUCCACUGAAGCCUGUAGACCUUCCCGCUCUCCCCGAGCCUGACACGCCGGCUGGGGUGCGCCCUGACGGCAGCGCCCCCAUGAGGGUCACUUCCAGCACUGUCCAAGUCCAGCAGGUGAAAUCCGUCCCCAUAGUGCCCCCCAAGCCCCAGUUUGCCAGGAUGCCUCCUACCGUGAAGAUGAAGAUGCACCUGGGUGAAGCAUCCACGUGGCCCAAGCUCUCUGCUUCAGAGAAGAGCUCCGGCGGUGGGGAGAGCAGCCUGGGGAAGGGGGCCUCUCUCCAGAGGCAGUCGCACCCUGUCAGCCUGGGUGCGUGCUGCCAAGUCGCAGAGGGCACAGAGUCGAACGAGGAGUCUCCCCCGCCCGGCCCUGUGGAGAAGUGCCCCAGCAGCACAGAGAGCCAUGAGCCCCCCGAGACUUCCCUCCAGAAGCAGAGGCGAGCCAGCUGGCGUAACGGCGGCAGCAUGUCUUUCGACACGGCGGUGGCCCUGGCCAAGGAGAGGCACUUGGCCCAGACCCCGGUUCGGAGGAUGCAGACCUAUUGCAUGGGGGAUGGUCGGGAGAUGCACGGCGUUCCCAAGAUGGAGAAGCCCCUGCCGUUCCCUAGGCCUGCCCUAAAGCCUGUGGGCCAGCGCUCCCUGAGGCCGCUGAGCUGCACUGGUGCGCUACUGUCUCCAGACGCCCUGGCUAUGGGCAAGCACCCACCCCUGCCUGACACGGCCUGCGAACCACGCCUGGUGCCUGGCCAGGAGCCGCUGCCCUUCGCCCAGGAGCCCGCAGCAAGGAGCAGGCUGAGCAUGCCCAGGCUUGGCCAGCGACCGUCAGACAUGGAAGAGGCAGUGGGGCCUCUCACGCAGCAGCGGCGGUCGCUGGCUUUUGAAAUCAGGGACUGUGGAGGGUCGGAGUUGUGAGGGAGCGGCGGGGACAGUUCCAUGCUCAUUGACUGGUGGGCUGCCAAAUCUCAACCAACAUGGGUUACUGCCUUAACGCACCAUCCUGCACCCGCUGCUCCGAGUCCAGCCCUGCUAUGGGUGGCUGGCACCGGACGACUGGGGCUGGGAGGGUUGGGUUGUGCAGCAGGAAGAAACAUCGUACGGUUCGGGGAGAGGGUCUCCUUUCCAGGAGCAGCCUCUCCGAACUGCAGUGGGCCACAUGAGCCCCAGCCUCAGCCAGAGCUAACGCUGUUCAGACACGAUCGUUGAGCCAGCCAUUCCCUCCGCAUCUCCUCCAGAACAGGGAUGUUCAUCUUCAGCGCAGACAAGAACAAUGUCUGCUCCAGCCAGCUAGAUCCACUUCCACCGGGGCUGAACCUGGCCCAGCUUGGCAUUGGGUGGGUGGGGAAAGCCAUGGGGCUGGUGCUCCUGUGAAUAAUUUGAGGCUGGAUUCUCCAACGUGCUGAGAACUCACAAAACCCACUGGAAGUUGCAGGGGGCCAGCACCUUUGAGUGAGGCCACCAGUUCCUAUCUCCAUCCCCGGGCGAGAGAACGCCAGCCCAGGAGACAAGGGGGGGUCAUGAUUUUUAAAACAAGAGCAGCGGAGGGUCUCUCCAGAGACGGCACUGGGCUGAAAAACCACAGCAAUCUUGCUCCCAGCUCCCCCACCCCUUUGCAGUCAUCUCCUCUUUUGCUUUUAGGAAAUAAACAGGUCAAGAAAGUUUCCUCUCUCUUGAAUUCAGCCCCAGGACUUUCCCCUGCCUCCUGUUAGUCUGCAGCCCUUAGCGGCAGGGACCUGCCUGGUAGGUCACAGAACCUUUCAUUGCUAAACUUGCAGCCUGCCCGGGCGGGUUGUAACUUAACGGCAUCAGCUGAUGGUUGUUCCUGAAACAAUGUAGGGCAAGCAGCUGUUUAUAGCCAGCUCCUUGUAAUUUCAGAGAAACCACUGGCACUGCUCGGCCUCCUUAUUUGUGGUCGCCAGGCUCAACAGAGAGGCCAAAGAAUGAACCAGCCAUCGGUGGCUGGGCUUCUUUCUGAUGCUCCCUCCAGGGCACGGUUAGCACAUACAUAGGAGAUCUUGCACCUCUGCAGCCCAGCCUGUCCCCUUUCUCUGGGCAGAUAGCAGGUGUCUGUGCAGGGACACUGCCUAAAGCCCUAGAAAAUCUACUGUAGGAAAUGAGCCUGAAUCAGCUGGUUGCUGGGCUAGGUGGGACGUACAGUCCAUGGCCACCUCUAACGUCCGUCCUCCUGCUGCCUGUCAUUUAUGAAAGUGGCAGCCGAGUCCUUGGGUUUCCACUCACUUUUCUCUUCGUGUUGUUCCAUUAGUAGUCUUAUUUCAUUGGUCUCUUUGGGUUCUCCAGCCUCUUGUUAAUCUGAGAUGGCAGCUGGGUUGGGUUUGACAACGAUUCGUAGCUACCGUACCCUAUCACGGGAUAAUAAAGAUAGUUUGGAAAAAAUCCGCACAGUUGUGGUGAUGGCUUUUAAAACGAGAUCCUCUGGCCCUGUGCUGCUGAGUCCUCCUGAACGGGCAAUCCAGAGACGCCACGCCAGAGUAGGGCACCGCGGGUGCUUGGGUUGAACUGGGCCGAACGGGGCCAUGUCGUGCCUUGCCAAUACAGUACACAAAGGGCUCAUGUCACUUUAAAGGGUGUGCAAAUGAAAUGAGUUCAAAAGGCGAGGCCAGUGGCACUGCCAGCUUGGCCUUCUGCGGACAAAGAGCUGGGUUCAGAUCCUGUCUGAUUUGAAAAUGUGUGUGCACUGAGGUAAGGGGGUGGGGGGUGCACUCUCCAUGCCCAACCUGGUAAGGGCUGGGGCCUUCAUCCCCACUGGCUCGCCUCACCAAAACCACUCAGGCCCCGAUCCUGCAAGGAGCUCCACAUGCCCAGCUCCCUGUGCUGAGCCCUGUUGAUUCAGUGGGGCUCUGCAUGGGCACAGGGGCCUACCCAGCUGGAGCCAUUGCAGGAUCAGGGCCAAUGCUUGGUCUCAUUGGGCUGACGUGCUCAUGGGAUAGCCAGACUGGAGUAGCAAGGAAUGGCGCAGGCCAGGCAGUAGGUGUUUCUGCUGAGCUGGUUGGACAGGAGCUAGGCUCCCUGAAGGUUCCACAGCAGCAGAACUACGUGAAGCCCCGGACUGGAAUAGGUGAGGACAGUGGGGCAGGAGUGAGGUUUUAAAAAUAACGGGCCUGAUUCUCAUUUCCUUCCACCCAGACCUGUUCCCCCUCCUCUGGCAGUGCCCAGGAGUCUUAAGGCGAAGGGGAAAGAUGAUUAGGUUUAGACAAAAAAAUGUAAA